AGUCAGAAACCUCACUGUUACUGAAAUCACCACUUCCUCCAUAUCUCUGAACUGGACCGAACCAUUAGGACAAAGCUCCUACUAUGAAGUAGAAUGGUCAACUGGAUCAUAUACUCUAAAAGCCAAUGUGACUGAUGAAAGCAUGAAUAUAUAUAACCUGACUGCUGGUGUCCAGUAUAACAUAAGUGUCACAGCCGUGGCAGCAGAUAAUCAAACUAAAGGACUGAGUGCAUUUACCUCCAAUUAUACAAAACCAGAUACAGUGAGAGACCUCACUGUUACUGAAAUCACCACUUCCUCUAUAUCUCUGAGCUGGACCAAACCAUUAGGACAAAGCUCCUACUAUGAAGUAGAAUGGUCAAAUGGAUCAUAUACUCUAAAUGCCAAUGUGACUGAUGAAAGAAUGAAUAUAACUAACCUGACUGCUGGUGUCCAGUAUAACAUACGUGUCACAGCCGUGGCAGCAGAUAACCAAACUAAAGGACACAGUGCAUUUACCUCCAGUUAUACAAAACCAGAUAAAGUGAGAGACCUCGCUGUUACUGAAAUCACCACUUCCUCUAUAUCUCUGAGCUGGACCGAACCAUUAGGACAAAGCUCCUACUAUGAAGUAGAAUGGUCAAAUGGAUCAUAUACUCUAAAUGUCAAUGUGACUGAUGAAAGGUUGAAUAUAACUAACCUGACUGCUGGUGUCCAGUAUAACAUAAGUGUCACAGCCGUGGCAGCAGAUAACCAAACUAAAGGGAACAGUGCAUUUACCUCCAGUUAUACAAAACCGGAUAAAGUCACAAACAUCACUGUUACUGAAAUCACCACUUCCUCUAUAUCUCUGAGCUGGACCAAACCAUUAGGACAAAGCUCCUACUAUGUAGUAGAAUGGUCAAAUGGAUCAUAUACUCUAAAUGCCAAUGUGACUGAUGAAAGCAUGAAUAUAACUAACCUGACUGCUGGUGUCCAGUAUAACAUAAGUGUCACAGCCGUGGCAGCAGAUAACCAAACUAAAGGACACAGUGCAUUUUCCUCCAGUUAUACAAAACCAGAUAAAGUGAGAGACCUCACUGUUACUGAAAUCACCACUUCCUCUAUAUCUCUGAGCUGGACCGAACCACUAGGACAAAGCUCCUACUAUGAAGUAGAAUGGUCAAAUGGAUCAUAUACUCUAAAUGCCAAUGUGACUGAUGAAAGGCUGAAUAUAACUAACCUGACUGCUGGUGUCCAGUAUAAUAUAAGUGUCACAGCCGUAGCAGCAGAUAAUCAAACUAAAGGACACAGUGCAUUUACCUCCAGUUAUACAAAACCGGAUAAAGUCAGAAACCUCACUGUUACUGAAAUCACCACUUCCUCUAUAUCUCUGAGCUGGACCGAACCAUUAGGACAAAGCUCCUACUAUGUAGUAGAAUGGUCAAAUGGAUCAUAUACUCUAAAUGCCAAUGUGACUGAUGAAAGGUUGAAUAUAACUAACCUGACUGCUGGUGUCCAGUAUAACAUACGUGUCACAGCCGUGGCAGCAGAUAAUCAAACUAAAGGACUGAGUGUGUUUUUCUCCAAAUAUACAAGUAAGUAAACGUGGAAACCAUUUAAGACUUGCUGAGAGAUGACUGCUUGAUACUAAUUUUGAAUUUGUCCAAUAUCUAUAAAGGAAGUAGUGGAAAUUUAAUUCUCUGCAUGAACCCAUUGAGUCAUGUUUCAUAAAGUUACCACAAUACCCUAUACAAUAACUAGCACAAAAACUGCUAACAAUAACAACUAAGAAGGGUUGGAAGAAUAUAUGACUUUUUUUUUUCCAGGAUU